GAUGAGUUUUGUGUUAUUGUCAUAGCAACGUUUAUUUUUGAUAAGGCCAUGGAAAAUAUCACAUAUCGAGCUGUUUUCAUUUUGUUUAUUUAAUCAUUUUGCGGUGACCUGAUACGUAAAGCAAAAUGCCGCCAAAAGGAGGAAAAGCUGGUGGAAAGAAGGCGCCCGCCAUCAUCAUUGAUGGCGUGGACACGUCUGAGAUGACCCGAGAGAAACUCGAGCAAUUCGCUCUCAAAGUCAAAGAAGAGUUAGACAAAGAAAGAGAAGAGCGUAACUACUUCCAGCUAGAAAGAGACAAAAUCAGAACUUUCUGGGAAAUCACUAGACAACAACUAGAGGAAGCUAAAGCUGAACUGAGAAAUCGCGAGCGUGCAACAGAAGAAGCGCAGGAAGAAAAUGAAGCGCUUCUGGAAACUGAAAAGCAGAAAAUUAAGCAUUUGAAGUAUGAACAGCAAGCGUCUGCAGCUGCCUUACGAGCUGAGAAUUUGGUGGCACUAAAAGCAGCUAAAGAAGAACAUGCUGAACAAGAAUUGGAAUUGCUUAAUGAUAAACGUACGCUUAGAGCUGAAAUGAGAGAGAAAGUCUCAGCGGCUUUGGACGAAUUAAGACGAGCGAAACUGAUGCACGCUGAAGAAUUGUCGAAAACUAGAGAUGAAUUUCAAGAAAGGGCGAAGCAGAUUGAGGAAAAGGCUGAGAGGAAACUACACGAGACUAAAGUGGAAUUGACGGUAAAACAUAGAACAGAAAUCGCUGAAGUUGAAGAAAGAAAGAAUAAGCAACUGUCAGAGUUGAUAGCACACCAUGAGAGAGCAUUUUCUGAUUUGAAGAAUUAUUACAAUGACAUCACUUUGAACAAUCUAGGUCUCAUCAGCAGUCUAAAGCAACAAAUGGAAGAAAUGCAGAAGGUCAAGGAGAGAGCUGAGAAGAUAGCCAGGGACGCUGUGGCCGAAACAAAGAGCCUCAGGGAGCCCUUGGAGUUGGCCAUUAUUGACAACAAGGAGCUGAAGCGGCAGAUGUCCAAUUAUGACAGAGAUAAGGCUGCUUUGGCGGCCAAAUCGAAACAACUGACGUCAUUAGAGAAACAAUUCGAGGUCCUCAAGUGGGAGUAUGAGGUGUUACAAGUUAGAUUCGACAGGAUAUUGGUAGAACGCGACGAGCUGAAGUGCCGGUUCACACGGGCCGUGUUGGAGGUGCAAGAGCGGGCGGCCCUAAAAUCUGCCCUGUUGGAGACCAAGCUCAAGAACCUGGAGGGCCGGGACCUGGGCCCUACUGAGAUGAAUGAACUAUUGAAACUUAAAGACACUCAAGUUGAAGACCUAAGAUACGAAGCGGCGAGGCUUCGGAAGGCUCAUGAUGACCUCUUGGCAACCUACGAAGCCAAGCUUGCUAAUCUUGGAGUACCACCUGAAGAGCUGGGCUUCAAGCCUCUGCGAGCGGUCGCCGUGGCCGGCCUAUCGCCAAUAAUUGGCCUAGGCCCGGCCGGACUCAUCACUAAGGAUCAGGUGUGAUAAACUAUUUUCACCGUUCAUUUUUCUAUGUACAUAUUGUUAUUCAUAGAAAUAUAUUAUAUUUUGUGGUG